AUGAAGCUCUUUACUACCCUCGCCACAACCCUGGUUUUCACGCUCCCUACUCUAGCUUGUCUCCGUGUCCAUGGUGGCAUCACCCACGAUCCUUUGCCUGGUCUAAGUGGUAUAUACGGCGUGGAGGCCAUCGACAACGGUCUCGUAGUCUGCAGCGUUGGUAUGGGAAGCCGGAUUGACCAGGACGGUCAUUAUUCAUUAUGCUUAUUGGACGCUACCCAGAAAUCACUGGUGUCCACCGGCUUCCUGAUGCCACCUAGGGAUUUCAGUCUGAUUUCGGCUCAUGGAGGCGGUCAACCACUACCACCGGGCCGGACUUUGCUUCGUGAUAGAACUUGGACCACAGCUCCAUUGCUGUAUCGGGACUUUGUUGAAGAUGGGCAUUUCGAGGUUGAGGGUGGGUCAGUUUCAGACGAGGUUUGGGCGGAGGAGGAUUGCUGA